AUGAAAAAAACAUGUUCAAAAUGCAUGUUCAACCCUCUACAUUUAGACAAUAAUUUAUGCGGAGAGAAGGGUGGAAUUUUAGGAGAUCACAGCCGUCAGUACAAAAAUCAGCAGGUUUUUAUCUUAGCUGCUUUGGCAGUAACUGCUUUCGCUAGUCUGUAUCAUGAACCUAUCCACCACCCCCAACCUUUCAAGUUCGGAUACAGCGUCAAGGACAAGCACGGCGAACAACACCGUGAAGAAGUUGGUGACGGCAAAAACGUAAAGGGAAGCUACGGAUUUACCGAUGCCAGGGGAAUCAAGAGACAGGUCAACUACGUCGCUGACCACGGGGGAUUCAGAGCUGAGGUCAAGACCAACGAACCUGGAACCGCCAACCAGAACCCAGCAGCCGUCCACAUCAUCUCCGACGCUCCCUAUGGGCACGGAGGAUAUGCUGGACUUGGAUAUGCCGGAGUUGAAGGUGCAGGAUAUGGAUUCGGUGGUCUUGGAGCAAACGGUGUUGGCUACGGAUAUGGUGGUCCUGGAGGAUAUGGAGGAUUCGGCUAUGGAGGCUAUGGCUUCGGUAAUGGACUCCUCCGUGGUUUAGGAUAUGCAAGAUAUGGGUUUUAA